GGUCAGAGCCUCUGGGUGUUCAUAGGGGUUUGAUUCAAUGUUAAUUAACCAUUGUGACCUAGUCGGGUUGGCGUCAUUUUUUAACUGGCUCGUAAAUCGAACGAUAUCAAACGGAGGUAUCCGUUCUUUUAACCGGACGGUGGGGAUAGUAGUAGCUGUUGGUGAUUCUCGCUGCUGAAAAGAAAAGGCCUAUAUCCUUUUUUCACUCCUGCCAUCAUCAUCUCAUUUCAACACCGCUAACGUAAGCGACCACAUGGUUACAUGUGCUGGUCGCUGCCGGAUUCGUUUGUAAUUUAUAUAAAUAUUAAUAAUAAAUUCUAAUCGCUACCGAACCAUAAUUCUAAAGUUAAGUCAUAAACGGCAUUUGAAAACUGGAUAUAUUCAACCCAAGAAGACGGGUCUCUUGGCUCUGACUGCGUUUUCGCAUACAUAUUUUAUAUUAUAAUAGUGCGGGGGUGGGGGGAAAUAAGAGAAGAGAGAAGCAGUUUAUAUCAGUGAUUUUCAAGUUCCAAGAAACCAAGCGAACACAAGGACCAUCAAAUCAUUAAAAGAAGUUAUAACCUUACACACAGUUUCGUUAAACUGCUGAUAUUUCUUACAGCAAACAACGGUGACGUAACAUAGAUUUUUUCACAAUCUUUUUGGAAAAAUGAACAUCGAUGAGUACGAAAGUUUGCCAACUGGUUCAGUGGUCGUCCACAUGACUGCAGGUGCUAUUGCCGGCGUUAUGGAACAUUGCUUAAUGUAUCCCUUUGACAGUGUCAAGACGAGAAUGCAAGCUCUGACGCCAGGCCCAGGUGGAGGUGGCGGAGUUGGUGCCGUCCUCAGCAGAAUGGUUAGACAGGAAGGCCUUCUCAGACCGAUACGAGGCGUGGGUGCAGUCAUCAUUGGAGCAGGACCUGCGCAUGCACUUUAUUUUUCUUGUUACGAAUGGCUGAAAGAUCAUAUGAUAACUCCGAGAUCGUAUCCACAAUUUAAUCACCUUGUUUAUGGAGCCGCAGGAUGUGUAUCAACCGUCCUUCAUGAUGGAGUCAUGAAUCCAGCUGAAGUGGUAAAACAGCGAUUGCAAAUGUACAACUCACCCCACAGAAAUGUAUUGGAAUGUUUACGGCACGUUUAUAAAACUGAGGGUAUAACAGCAUUCUAUAGAAGUUACACAACACAGUUAGCAAUGAACGUACCUUUCCAGAGCCUUCAUUUUAUUGUUUAUGAAUUCGCACAGUCUUGGACCAAUCCGGACCACGUUUACAAUCCUAAAGCCCACAUGAUUUCUGGUGCAAUGGCAGGCGCUAUUGCAGCAGCAGCUACCACACCUCUAGAUGUGUGUAAAACACUAUUGAAUACACAACAGGGUGGUGUUCAAGUUGAAGGGAUGCGGGAUGCUUUUAGGACCGUCUAUAAAUUUGGAGGCAUCAAAGGGUAUUUCAGGGGACUCAAUGCUCGCGUAAUUUAUCAAAUGCCAGCAACAGCUAUUUGUUGGACGACGUACGAAUUUUUCAAAUAUGUCUUACAUGGCAGACAAGAUGACAUUCACAGUCUUCACAGCGAAAUGGAUAUCACGGAGAGUCAGUCUCAAUCACAUGGGGCUACGACAAGACCUAGUAGCUUUCAAGGAGCCAGUGUAUAUUUUAAUAACAAUUCUCCUGGUCCGGUAUUGUUAGAUGUAACCCGAAGCUAGGCUCCCCUCCACAAGACGACCUUAUGAAAUUAUUAAAAAAAAAGGAAAAACUUUGUCAACGAGAAAUUUUCAUAACUGCUGACUUUGUAUAUUUCGAGAGUUUAUUAUUAUCGAUUUUAGAACGAUAUUUUGUUAUCCCGACUGUUAAUACGAUAUUAUGUAUGUAUAAUGCGCGUGUGUAAACUAAAAGAAUUGAUUGAAGGAAAAAAAAGGAAAUUAAAUACAGAGUCAAAUGCAGGCCAUAGGCUCUCGACGUUACAAAUGGAAUUUGUUUUCCACUUAGUAUCGACAUGAUUGGAGAGUACUAGUUUUUAUCGCAUUACCAAUCAGCUAAAAAUGCAGAAAAGAAAUGACAAAACAAAAAAUAACAAAAAUUUGGACUCGUUAAAUGCUAACCUAAUCGAAGUGAGAAAUAUUUUUCAUCAAUUAGAAUUGUUUCUAGGUAUUCAGGUACUACUCACGGCUUUCGGUCACCGAGACUAGUAAACAAUUUAUAAUAAGGCUACGAUUUGCAUCAAAUAUUAAUCUGCAAAAUUAAAUUACUACGACAAACACGAUUGGCAAACUUUGUAGAGAAAAAGAUUGAUGUUUAUAGCAGUCGAAAGGUGUACUCAGGAAAAAUCUAUUUCAGUUCACAGUGCAUUUACAGCAGCUGCACAUAAAUCAAUGAUGAUUGUAGAGCGGUUGAGAAAAGAAAAGAAAUUUCUCCGUUUCACUUUUCCUCUAUUCGCUUCUUUUUCACUUAUAAAUCAAUACAAAGUAUAUUUGCAUAAAAUGUGUGAGUUCCUUUUUUCUAUUUAUAUAUUAACGCUAUUAUUAUUACUAUUAUGAUUAUGAUUAUUAUUCUAAUUUUAUCAUCACUCUAAAACCGUCCUUGUGAAAUUGAUUCAAAAUGAUUUUUUUCGCUCUACCUUCGGUUAAAUGUCUUCAAUUGAAAAAACUCUCAAUAGUAAUUGUGUUCUUUCGGUAAUAAAUCGGUAAUUGGACACACCUAAAAUGAAUAAAUUUAACAAAAGAAAAAAAAGGAAAAGAUGCAAAAAUGACUCGGAUGAUACGUGUAACGUUUAUUUAACUUUUGUAAAUAUUUAAAAAAGACAAAACGAAAAAAAUUAAUAACUAUCUGUUGUACAGUAUUAUGAUGUAAAUUUUGUGAAUGAUGUUAGGAAAAAAACCACUAUAUAUAUAAAAAAAAUAAUUAAAUAUUAUGAUUGCCUAUUAAUCAUGGUAAUUUGUUAUACGUAAGUUAUAUGACGCUGGCUCAACAGUAUAAAAAAUCGAAGAAAGAAAAAAUCGAAGAAUUUAUUAAUCAUUUAAAGAUCUUAUAAUUUAUUAUUUAUCGUACUGCAUUUAAAUACUGUACUAGAUUAUUCCUGUUGUACAGUAAUAAUUAUAAAAUUAUACUAAUUCUCUCGUUAGAAAAAAAAGAAAACCGAACGUAGGCGCACUGUUAUAAAAUUACUUAUGUAUAGGAAUGAUGUUUUUUUUUCAAUGACAUAGUCGAUGGCGCGCGAUGCGGUAAUUAUAACAGAUUUAAAUCAAUGCGAUUCAAAUAAUUCUGAUAACAGAACAACCGAAACAUCAAUAAUAAAUGAAAAAUUUACGAAUAGAGACGAAAAAAACUAUAUUCACAUAAAUAUAAAUACAGUUGUUAAUGGCUGUUUUCCAAUGUGUAAGAAUUUCAUCAUUUCUCAACGUUAUAAUCAGUAGCAUUGUAAUUAUUGUUACUGAUUUUUUUUUCUAUCAGCAGACCCAAGAUUACAAUUAUUUUGGAUUCUGAAUAUUGCUGUUACCUCGAAUAUGUUACACAUCUCUUCAGUUCCUACAUUGACUUGAGAUAAAAAGAAAAAUGGAAUAUCGCAAUCGCGACUAACAUUUUACUAAUUAUUUUGGAAAUUAGGUAACAUAUUCCGUAUACAGCUCCACUAGUCAACUACUCUAUACCUAUGAUGAUAUCGUAUAAAAGAAUGGCAUUCAUUCACCUGAGAAAUAUAUGAUUAAUAUCUGUUUACAUUCUCUCUCCCGUGUAUAUUAUUUGAAUAGCAAAUGAAGAGAGACAAGAACAAAAAGAAGGAAGGCAGCAAAAAAAAUUCCUCGGUUACCCUUGCAUUUGGAAUACAGCCUUGAGAGAAACUGUAAAAUAAGUUAAGAUUAUUAAACUCAAUUAUGGUGGGACUAGGGAGCAUGCGAUGAAAGUUUAACGAUUAUCUAAAAAUAGACAUAACGAUUAGCGUUAACACUACAGUUCUUUUUCGUUUUACUACCCACAUUUAUACCAAUAGAAUCUGACAUGACUGAACAUCGUCAGGUAUAAUUUAUCUAUUCUUGAUACCAUUUAAUUUAGCAAUUUAUUUUUGACCUUACACCUUAAUGAGAUUUCUGAAAACCUAUCUCAAUUGAUGUCAAAAAAAAUGUUCAAUCAAAAAAUUCUGUUCAAUUUACAUUACAGAAUCUUUAAUAUUUGGAUGUUACUGGUAACAAGAAUUCAAACUUUUAGAUAUGAUGGCAGUUAUCUUUAUCAUGCGAUAGGUGAUUAUUUUAUCAUUGAAUCGAAUCUCUAUUUAUAUUUAGUCUCUUGACAUCUUUCAAUAGCUGUAUGAGUAAUAUUAUUACUGAUUUCAUGGGAGAAAUUGUUUUUCAGAAAUCUUAUUCAGUGGUUUACUUUUUUUUUUUUUAAUUUCAUUUAUCUUCACAAGCAUUUUACACAAUAUUGCUUCCUGUAUGGCUGUGAUUACUGAGUCAAAGACAAAUGAUGUUGACUUUAAGAGGGAGUAAUAUCAUGUGCAAACUCACACAAUUCACGCCAUAAAAUUAUUUUGCUGUUAAAGUUUGACAUUCAUAAUUGUUUAUAUUGUAUAUAUAUUUUAAACUCACGAUGAAAAAUAUUCUAUAUUAUUCAUUGAAGAAAAUACCUUGAUAUGUAACUGAUGCAAUUGUAAAUCGUCAAUUUUUCGUGUAAGUAAUCUUCUUAAGUCCCCAUCGCCACCGGCACCGCCACAUUUAUUUAUGGUGGUAAAUAAUUAUUUUUCAAAAAAUUGAGAAUGCACAUAUAUAUUGGCAUGCUCCCACUGGUACUAUUAUAUGUACACAUUGAAGAAAGAAAACCGAAAAAAAGAAUAAAAAUAAAAAAUAAUAAGAGGAAAAGAAUAAAAUUAAUAAUAUGCCAGAAUAAUAAGGAACAUUGAUCCAUUCAUCGAGUAUAAUAAUAAUAAUAUUAAUAAUUAUAAUGAUAAUGAUAAGAUUGAAAAUAGCAAAGCGCUAAGUGUAAUGAUAAUGUAAAUAUUUAAUAUUAUGAUUAAAAAAAAAUUACCCAA